UACCAGAAGAGAGAGAAGACGGUGCACGUUAAUAUUUCUUCCCCAAACAAAAAACCUGCAAAUCAAAUUUUCUUUUUCCGUCUGAGUAUUUCUUCACAUAUAUACAUUGUGUUCCAAUCUCUCCAUUUCUUCUUCUUUUUCUCUGGUUUCCAAAAUAACCUUAAUAUUCGUUGAAGCGGAUCUUUCUAUGUAGGUAAAUAUUUUUCUGCCCGUUUCCCUAAUUUUUCUCAGACUUUUAGGGUUUACAUUUGAAUUCUUUCGUCAUUUGCUAAGAAAAAUGAAAGUUUAGGGUUUUAUUAAGCUGUUUUUGAGCUGGAAACCUUCAUAUUGGGGGGUUGCAUUUGAAAGGGGGUGGAGGAGUUUUUCAACUGUUAGGGUUUUUGAUGAAGAGACGUUUAUAAUGUUAUUGUGAUUAUGGGGUAAAUGAAGAAGCUGGUGUUUCAUCUCCUAGCAAAGAACUCGUUAGGAGGGUUGUUUUUUAUAUGGGGCGGAUUUGGAAAUAUAUUUCUUUGUGUUUUUCAUCAAAUGAGCUGUAUUCAGAACAAAGACAGUUCUUGAUUUCGCUACAACGUGAAUGGCGGAUCAUCAGAGGAGUACUCCUGGUGAAAGAGAUGUUGAACAGGCUAUUAUAGCACUUAAAAAAGGAGCAUAUUUACUAAAGUACGGUCGCAGAGGAAAGCCAAAGUUUUGUCCAUUUAGGCUUAGUGCUGAUGAAUCUUUAUUGAUAUGGUACUCUGGUAAGGAGGAGAAACAUCUCAAGCUUAGUCAUGUGUCAAAGAUCAUACCUGGACAACGUACUGCAAUAUUUCAGCGGUAUCCACGGCCUGAGAAAGAAUAUCAAUCGUUUUCUCUUCUGUACAAUGACAGGUCCUUGGAUUUGAUAUGUAAGGAUAAAGAUGAAGCCGAAGUCUGGUUUGUUGGUCUUAAGGCAUUGAUUUCACGUGGUACUUACCGCAAGCUAAGAACUGAAUCAAGAGCAGAUAGAGUUUCAGGAGAUAGUUCUAGCACCCAUACUCGGAGAAACUCACCAUCAAUUGCAGCCUCUGGAAGUAGUGACUAUUCACAGAAGGAUUCUGUAGACACCCAACAAAGUCUGGUUUCUUAUGAUAACCCUACACAGAAUGGUUUCGGAAAGGCAUUCUCUGAUGUGAUUUUGUAUACCGCAACUGCUAAGGUUUUCACACAGUCAGUGUCAGUUUCGAACUCUCUAAGUUCAUUAUCAUCUGCAGCUGCAGAUAAUUCAAAUGGACGGGGCUCUGCAGUUGACACUGUUCGAGUUAGUUUGUCUAGUGCGGUUAGCUCGUCGAGCCAUGGUUCUCAUGAAGACUUUGAUUGUUUUGGCGAUGUUUUCAUGUGGGGAGAAGGAGUUAGUGAUGGAACGCUGGGUGGUGGUACGCAUAGAGUUGGAAGUGCAUCUGCGCCCAAGAUUGAUGCACUAUUUCCCAAGGCUCUGGAAUCAGCAGUGGUGCUUGAUGUCCAUAAUAUAGCUUGUGGAGGUAGGCAUGCUGCACUUGUGACCAAACAAGGUGAGAUUUUUAGCUGGGGAGAAGAGUCAGGAGGUAGACUAGGGCAUGGUGUAGAGGCUGAUGUUCCACACCCGAAGCUUGUCGAUACCCUUAGUGGUAUGAAUAUUGAGCUAAUAGCAUGCGGGGAAUAUCAUACAUGCGCUGUAACAUUGUCUGGUGAUCUUUACACCUGGGGUGAUGGUACUCAUAAUUCUGGUCUUCUAGGUCAUGGGAGUGAAAAUAGUCACUGGAUCCCUAAAAAGGUUUGUGGUUUAAUGGAAGGGUUGCAUAUUUCAUCAAUCUCUUGUGGACCUUGGCAUACAGCAGCUGUAACAUCAGCAGGCCAGUUGUUUACAUUUGGGGAUGGAACCUUUGGCGCCUUAGGUCACGGUGAUCGCAACAACACAACCACUCCAAGGGAAGUGGAAUCUUUGAGAGGUCUAAGAACAGUUAAGGUUGCUUGUGGUGUUUGGCACAGUGCUGCAAUUGUAGAAGUUACGGUUGGGUCUUCUGGUUCUGGUAAUUCUUCGUCGGGUAAGUUGUUCACCUGGGGGGAUGGGGAUAAGGGCCGGCUUGGACACGGCGAUAAAGACAGUAGGUUAGUUCCAGCAUGUGUUGCAUCUUUGGUUGAUGUGAGUUUUAGUCAAGUAGCUUGUGGGCAUAACAUGACAAUUGCUCUUACAUCUUCUGGACAAGUAUAUUCAAUGGGGAGUACUGCUUACGGACAGUUGGGUAAUCCUGAAGCUGAUGGAAAGCUUCCCACUUGUGUUCAGGGUAAACUCAACAAUACUUUUGUAGAAGAGAUAUCAUGUGGUUCGUAUCAUGUUGCGGUUUUAACCUCAAAGACCGAGGUUUACACUUGGGGAAAGGGAGCAAAUGGCCGGUUAGGUCACGGUGACCAUGAAGACAGAAACACCCCAAAGCUUGUUAAAGCUCUGAGGGAUAAACAAGUCAAGAGUGUGGUGUGUGGUUCAAACUUCACAGCUGCAAUCUGUCUGCACAAAUGGGUCUCCACUGCUGAUAACUCCAUAUGCUCUGGUUGCCGUAACCCAUUUAGCUUUAGAAGAAAACGUCACAACUGUUAUAACUGCGGACUAGUCUUUUGCAAAGCAUGUAGCAGUUGGAAAUCUCUUAAUGCGUCUUUAGCUCCAAAUAUUAACAAGCCUUAUCGUGUGUGUGAUGAUUGCUUCAAUAAACUUAAGAAGGUCAUUGAAUCUGGACCAGUAUACCAGUUUACUAAAAACCAAGGUGGAAGUAUACCACGGAGCUCCAGCGAGAUGGCAGAAAAGGAGAUUUUAGAGGCUCGAUUACUUGGACAACUCUCCAGGCUCUCGUCAGUGGAAUCAUUCAAGAAAGGUGAUAACAGAUACUCCAAGCGCAAUAAGAAACUAGAGCUGAACAAUAUCCGUUUCACACCAAUUCAAAAUGGAAAUUCUCAAUCCGGAAGCUUUUAUUCGACAAAAAUGUCAACUUCUUUGUUCGAGUCGUCAAAGAAAAUAUUUUCUGCUUCUCUUCCUGGUUCUAGAACAGCUUCCCGGGCAUCGUCUCCUGUUUCUAGGAGGCGAAGUCCACCUCGGUCUGUAACACCAAGCCCAGCUAUGACUGUUCUUACACCAGAAGUAGAUAAUGAUGACUCAAAACACGGAAGCAGCGACUUCAACCAAGAAAUAACCAAGUUACGAGCACAGGUAGAGGAGCUUACCCACAAAUCCGCAGUUCUAGAAGCCGAGUUGGAAAGGACUUCAAAGCAGCUAAAGGAAGCCACCGCGGUAGCAGGGGAUGAAACUGCAAAAUGUAAAGCUGCAAAAGAAGUGAUUAAAUCUCUCACAGCACAGUUAAAAGAAAUGGCUGAAAAGGUUCCUCAGGAAUCUACUGAAAAUUGUGGUAGUCCAACUCUAGUUCCGAAUAAGGCAAAUUUGAGCAACCUCAUUCUUCCAGAACCCGAGUCCAAUGGGGACUCAGCAGACUCACCCGUACAAAAUAGAUUAAAAGAACAAACUGAUCCCGCAGAGUGGGUAGUACAAGACGAACCGGGCGUGUACAUAACACUUUCCUCCUUGCCAGGGGGUGGCAAAGAUCUUAGGCGUGUACGGUUCAGUCGUAGACGAUUCAGUGAGAAACAAGCUGAGACUUGGUGGGCAGAGAACAGAGCAAAAGUACAUGAGCGCCAUGACAUUCGAAGUUCAGCAAGAUCGGUCUCUGUGCCUUCUGUUUUGCCCCCUCCCCCACCCCCACCCCCUCCACCGGAUAAUGGGACGGAUGACAACGUUAGUGACUGAUAUGAACUGAUAUACAUACCUUUGCCUCCCGGAUAUUGUAAAUUUUGUUUUUCUGGGGUUCGCUCAUCCGGCAGGGUUUUUCUAACGCACGAUGUCCUGUUCAGAAAGUUGCAGCCAGGAAGAGAGGUUAAAGAAGUUGGUCAAGAAAAUUUGUAUUGCGAGGAAUGUCAGAUAUUCUGCUGCCUUUAUAUUGUUUUAUGAGGUUUGGAUACUUCUUUUGACAAGUCUGCAAUCUCAUCCCCAACUCUGUUCUUAGGUUUGCAGAACAUUCCCCUGUUUGUUUUUGGGCUUCUGUUAUCCAUGUUUAGCUCGAGUACCAUCAAAAGUCUAUACUGAAGGGGAAAACAAAAACAAAAAUGUAUCAGGCAUUUCAUACUUUUUACAGUUAUCAAAAGUUUCUACGGAGAUCGUUUCAUGUGAAAGCCAACAAAAUCACCUAUUGUGGUGCUCUUUAAGAAUGAGCUAUUCGGCA